AAAUAAUAACCAUCUAUUCUUGAAUGUUCUUAUUUGUUAAUGAUACUGUCAUUGACUCUGAUGGAUUUUUUUACACAAGAAGCGAAUUUAUUUUUGGAACUUUUUUAGCAAAAUAUCUGUUAUUGAUUCAUCAUUUAAAGUCAUGAAUGAAGAAGUAAUAAAAUGAAGAGUGAGACUGCAAAAUGAACAGGAAGGAAGCCUGUCAGACUACGUCAGGAUACCGUCGAGAAGGAAAUUGGAUUGAUUGUGUGAAGGUCGAACAGUACAAAAUAAAUGAUCACUUAAAGACCUUGAGCAAUAUUCUCAUUUUCUAAUACAGGAAGUCUUUGAAAUGCUUCUAAAAUUUUAAAUGUUCAACUCUAAUAUGUAACAUACGAAAUUAGUUCAUGGAAAAAUGAACUAUAAAAUGAUCGUUUUGUAAAAAUUUUUUAUCUGUCUAAUCGAUUUGAUAACAACGAUAAGCGAAGUAUCGUAGUUUUUACUCAUCACUCGUUACACAUUACGUAGACUCUUAAAUAAAAUUACUAUAUUUUAUCAUUGAAAAUUAUUUAAAUUUUACUCUAUUACCUGUGUAAAUAAUUUAAUAUUAUUUUUAUCAAUAUGGACAUUCUUUUUAUAAAAAGAUUCGAUAUUGUUGAAGAAUAUUUUCAAGAUUUUCGAGAAUUAUUUCGAUUAAUUGACGAAAAUGGUGAUGGAUUCAUUGACCUCACGGAGUUGCGUAGUGCUUUGGACGUGUGCGGAUUUAAAAUGCCGGGUUACAAAGUUCGUCAGAUGAUUGAAGAAUAUGACGACAAACAACAGUUUCAACACAAAGGUCGUUUGUCCUUCGAAGAGUUUGAGAAGCUUUGCAGAGAACUCAAGGCCAACGAGCUUGGAUCUACAUUCAAGCAGGUUGUAUCAAAGAAAGAAAAUCUUGAGACUCUUGGUGGAAUAUCAGAAGCAUCUAGUGAGGGUACAACACACUCAGUAAGACUUGAAGAACAAUUGGCUUUUAGUGAUUGGAUUAAUACAAAUCUUGGCCAUGAUCCUGAUCUCAAACAUUUAUUGCCAAUUGAUCCAGAGGGCAGACUGCUUUAUGAUAAAGUCGAAGAUGGAAUUUUACUCUGCAAAAUUAUCAACCAUUCUUGUCCAGACACCAUCGAUGAACGAACAAUAAAUAAAAAAAAUCUUACUCUUUACAAAAAGCAUGAGAAUUUAACUCUAGCUCUUACAUCAGCCCAAGCAAUCGGUUGUAACAUAGUAAAUAUUGAUGCUCAUGACUUAACAAAAGGCUCUCCACAUCUGGUUCUCGGUCUCCUUUGGCAAAUUAUUAGAAUUGGAUUGUUUAAUCAAAUUACUCUUGAAAAUUGUCCAGGCCUUGCAACUUUACUCCAACAUGGUGAAAAGAUUGAAGAUCUUUUGAAAUUAUCACCAGAAGCUAUUCUUCUUCGAUGGGUCAAUCAUCAUUUAGAAAAUGCUGGAAUUGUUCGAAGAUGUACUAAUUUCCAAUCAGAUAUUACAGAUUCAGAAAUUUAUUCACAUUUGAUUAAACAAAUUGCUCCAAACUCAGCUGGAGUGACUUUAGAAGCUCUGAUGGAACCAAAUCAUGUUACCAGGGCAGAAAUUAUGCUUCAACAAGCUGGAAAACUCGGUUGUCGAAGUUUCGUAACGCCCAGUGAUGUUGUCAAUGGAAUUUAUAAACUUAAUCUUGCCUUUGUUGCAAAUAUGUUUAACAAUUAUCCUGGAUUAGAUAAACCAGCCGAAAAUAUUGAAGGUUUGGGAUCUUUAGAAGAAACUAGAGAAGAAAAAACCUACAGAAAUUGGAUGAAUUCUAUGGGGGUGUCUCCAUAUGUCAAUUGGUUGUAUUCUGAUCUGGCUGAUGGUCUUGUUAUUUUCCAACUUUAUGACAUUAUCAAACCAGGAACUGUCAAGUGGCCUAAAGUUCAUAGAAAAUUUUCCAAACUCCGUAAAUUUAUGGAAAAAUUGGAAAAUUGCAAUUAUGCAGUAGAAUUAGGAAAGCAAAUGAACUUUUCGUUGGUAGGAAUAGCUGGACAAGAUAUUAAUGAUGGAAAUGCUACUUUGACUUUGGCUCUAAUUUGGCAGUUAAUGAGAUCUUAUACGCUUUCGUUGUUAUCCAGUAUUGCAGGAACACCAGGUAGUCCAGUUGUUGAAAAAGAAAUUGUCCAGUGGGUAAAUUCAAAACUUCAAGCAGCUGGAAAGAGUAGUAGUAUUAAAAGUUUUCAAGAUUUUGCAAUAGCUGAUGGUCGACCCGUUAUAGACCUCAUUGAUGCUAUCAAACCUGGAGUUGUAAAUUAUGAACUUGUUAAAGUUGGUGGAACUGAAGAGGAUAAUCUAGACAAUGCAAAAUAUGCAAUAUCUUUAGCAAGAAAAUGUGGAGCUCGAGUUUAUGCCCUUCCUGAAGAUAUAACUGAAGUGAAACCCAAAAUGGUAAUGACCGUAUUUGCCUGUCUUAUGGCUAUGGAUUACAUUCCAAAUAUGGAUUCAAAACAAAAUAAUAUUAACAACAUCAAUAAUGUUAAUAACGUAAAUAAUAUGAAAAACGGGCAAUAAUAUGGUAUUAAUACUGAAAAAAUUUUAUGAUAAAAUUAUAAUAAUAAUAAUUAUGUGA